AUGCUGUCUCCCGUGUCGCCUCCGUCCCUGUCCCUGCCAACGACUCUGAUCAAGAUUCGGAAACGAAUAGGACCAUCACAAGACUCCUUGAUGGUCCCUAAGGUGUCACAGACAGCGACCGGCUAUAUCCAGAAACAGCUGGUCGCCACUUUCGUCAUCGAUGGCCGUUCGUUCGCAAACGAGACAUUUGAUAUAGCUGAGUGUGGCCAUGAUAUCUUUAUCGAUGAUCUUCCUGCCCUCGCCAAGUUCUCCCCGACGAUCCAGCUCUCUCGUCAAGCCCCGCUCUCGGGUCGGAUCGACCCUAAGAUCCAGGCCGACGCUGAGAGGCGGAACCGCCUGCUCGAGAAAGAGGAGAAACGCUACCGGAUCCUCCACAAGAACUGGGGCCGCUCUGAUCAAACUCCUCCGGCCUCUGUCCCGACCCCGUUACCGACUCCGUCUCCGUCGUUUCAGUCCAAGUCUCCGUCUGCCAAGAAGUCUGUCCGUUUUCAGCUCACGACCGCCCCUGCUACCGACUUCGUCUCCGUCGCCUCGAUCCAAGCCUCCGAAGAUCAAGCCCUGAUUAACGCCCUGGUCUGCCAAGUAGAGUCUCACGAGAGAUUCGAACAGUGGAACGAACUCGAACCGUUGAUGCCCGGGAUCCAGUCCAGCUCGAGCCAAGCUCCGGCCUUGACCAGACCGUCCCUAGUGCUCGAACCGUUGCUAAAGUCUCCCGGAUCAAAAGACCUACCAGGGACAAAGCAUUCCGUUCCUCAGGAGAAGACCCUGAGCAUGUUGCUUGUACUUCAUCGAGCCCGAUCCGAGUCCGCACGCCGCUUCUGUCCUCUUCGCUCGAAACCGAACACGACCGCCCGCCGCUUCUGCAUCGACUACCGUUGGAUGAACGAUCAUCUUAAAACUCAACGCUUCACGAAGAUCGAUGUGAUCCAGGCCUUCCACCGUCUCCGCAUGGACCCUGACUCCGAGUAUUUGACCGCCUUUCGCACCCGUUUCGGAACUUUCCGCUGGAAAGUCCUCCCGUUCGGUCUGAAGGUAGGUCCCGCCUGGUUCCAGCAGUUUAUCAACGCGCAGCUUCACGAUCUCCUCGACCGGUGCGCCAGCGCCUACGCAGAUGACGUCCUGAUCUACUCGGAUAAAGAAGAAGACCACUGGAAAGACUGUCAAGAAGUGAUCUGGCGACUCCAUCAGGCAAACCUCCAGGGAGACAUCAAGAAGUCUAGAUUUAACGUGACCAAGGUUGACUACCUCGGCGUUCUGCUUGAAGCCGGUGUGGGCCUUAGUGUCGACCCUCGGAAAGUUCGAUCGAUACAAGACUGGAAGUUUGAGGACCUCCGAGACCGCACCGCGAUCCGAUCAUUCGUUGGCCUAUGCAACUUCAUCCGUGUUUUCUGCUACCACGCCUCUGGAGUGGCAGAACCCUUGAACCGGUUGCUUAAGAAGGAUGUUGCCUUUGUGAUGGGCCCGGAGCAACGCGAAGCAUUUGAUCAACUCAAGCGCCUGGCUAUCGAAGCCCCGGUCCUCGCCUUCUUUAGACCAGAACUGCCGACCCGACUGGAGACCGAUGCCUCCCGGAAUGCCACAGCUGGUGUUCUAUGGCAGGAACAGCCUGAUCAGACCUGGAAGCCCGUUGGAUUCUUCUCUAAGACCAUGACCCCGGCCGAGCGAGCCUACCCAAUCCAAGAUCGAGAGCUCCUCGCCGUCGUACAGAGUCUAGAGCACUUCUACCCAGAGCUCUUAGGCCAGAAGUUCGAUGUGAUCACCGAUCACGAAGCCUUAGUCCAUUUCUCUACGAAGCGCCUGCUCUCGGUACGACAGAUCAGAUGGUCCGACUUUCUCGCCCAGUUCGACAUCCGUUUCCUCUACCGCCCCGGUCGACUGAACGUAGUCGCCGAUGCCCUCUCCAGGAAGACAGCGGAGCUCCCUACCGUAAAGGCCCGGGAAGCCGAGGAACGCACGGUGACCCUGAUCCUCCGGAAAGGCUAG